AUGGAGUUGUUAGUGGUUUGCAUUUCACCUGCUGUGCGAUUGGACUGGAUUCGAUUGCAAAGAGAAAUCAUGCAAGUUGGAGCUCAAAAAAUUCAGGAGGAUGAAAGUUCUUUGAAGGAAAGUACUGGGGUACUUGGAGAAGAAGUCAUUCUCUGCAAACAAGGGCAUUGUACAAGUACCAUGAAGAAUAGAGUUUCUAGACCAGUGUCCAAGAAAUCUGCACCACACUGGCUGCCAAGAAUUCAUGAAGAUUACUGUGCCCUAGGCAUCACAAAUCUAAACACCAUUAGAUUCUCUUCUCUAGCUGGAAUGACCGACCUUUAUUUCACGUCCUUGGCAAGUACUGAUGUAUUUUUUGAAGUCUGA